AUGAGCAGCAAAAGCCGCACGGAAAAGCACUUUUUCACCGACGCCUUCCCGGCCCACGACUACUUGUGCACGACCCAGUCGAGUCACCCGCAGACGCCGCUGUGGCCGCCGUAUUUGCCCGUGGACCCCCACCGCGUGUGCAUCUUCGAGCGCAGCAAAAACGCGCAGCUCGUUGUCUACACGGCCAACUUCCGGCCCAAAGGCAGUCGCGAACUGGACCCCAAAAAGCCGCUGGACAUCAGCUGGCAGAGCUUUGGGUGGACCGCAAGUCCCACGACGAAUGCGGUCGGAAUGAUCGAGCGCCGACUCGCGUGGGGCUACUCGCACAAAGCAGUGGCAGCGGCAGCCGAGGCGUCGCCUGUUGCUGCUGCUGCUGUGGGGACGAGUUACACUGUCACGCUGAACGCGCUGCCCAGUCGCUCGGCGCUUCUGUACGUGGACGCGAAGGAUCGGGUCGUGCUGCAGGUCGCGAUCAACGGCGUUCCGUCGCGUCUGUGGAAGAUUUACGUCAAGACCAGCGACACGCAGACGUUCGUUCCUUCGGUGCUCUACGUCGACCUCUACGGCACGAACGUCGACGACGACGACGAAGCCACGUACGAACGCAUUCUGCUCUCCGAAGUAAACUGA